AUGGAAAAGUACAACCUGCUGUCACACGUUCGGGGCAACAUCAAAAACACCGCCUAUGUCUCGACGACGACGGACAUUCACACGGCCGUCAGAUACGCGCUGCCUGAUGGCCCGGGCCGCCGUGGCUACGUGUACAAGAUCGAACCGUCAACAACCUUUGUCGACGUCAACAGAUCGCUGCGUAUCCCAAGGUACUGGAGCAACAUGGAGUUUGCGGCAAUGAAAGGCAUUCCCAUUUCCCAAGUCGUGGGCUGGGUUGAGUUGACGGAAGACGUGAUAGAGCUGCUGCAGCUCGGCAAGACCGAUCAGAUCAAGUUCACGGAGAACACCUCGUGGAAGGCGCUGCCCGAGUGGCUGAAGGGCGGCACCACCAGGCCAGAGCUGGCGAGCUUUCCUAAAGGCGACAAGGCGUGGAAGCUCCAUCCCUGGAAGGAGCUGAAGAACGCCAGGGAGAGCGUGGAGGUCUUGUUCAAGAAGAUCGUGGCCUCGGAACACCCGUCCGUCGUUCUCGCCGCCAAGGCCGAAACAGAGCUGAUGGCCCUGGCCGAGACCUUGUCGGAGAAGCAUUUGUCGGCCGUGACGAGAAGGAACGGGCUCAAGCGGCUCGCCCGAGGCCGGUGGAAGAUGGAGCUGUCCCAGGUGCGCACAAGUGUACUCGGACGCGUAAAGCUCUCCGAGGCCUGGAAAGUGCCCACAAAGGGCCUCGCGGUGGCCGGUGUUGCCGCCUGGGCGUACGGCGUCGUAGAUGCCUUCACGAGCGAAUCCAGCGGCUGGGACAAGGCGGCGGCCGUCACGGCCAUCAUCCCUCUUGCCGGGUGCGCCGCCAACUUGGUAGCCGGAGCCGACGACCCCAACUCCGAGGGGGUUCUUGUCGCCGUCGACACGGGCCUAUGCCUGCUCGGCGACGCGCUCUUGCUGGGCGGCGCUUCGCUGCCGCUUGGUAUUCUUGUUCAUGUCUCCCGCUCUCUGCUGCAGUUCUUUCGGGCGCCGCCAAAGCUCCCGAGCGUGCAGGAGAUCCUGAAAAUGCGCGAUGAUCCGUGGCAGUCCUUUGUCGACCAGCACCUGACCAAUUUCUUAGCCUCCAAGGCUUGGCGCGAUAAGCUUGAGGCUUCCGUCGCCGUCGAGGCCCUGGCUAUCUGGUCCAUGGCGGCCGACUACAUGGGACGGCUUGAGGCGGUCGGCCGGACUGUCUCCAACGCCUCGCACGACGUCCAAGAGGCCAUCCAUCAGAUUGAAGAGAGGGCCCAGGGCGAGGUUGUAAAGCGCCAGCGUGCCGUCCUACUACAGCUGCCGCAGCGUGUGCGUGCAGACCUGACCGUCUUGAUGGAGAGGGCCCUCUCUGAAUACAAUGAGGACUUCAUCAAAAAGCUCAACUCCGAAGAGGUAGUCGGGCGAUAUCCCGGCUACUCCAAGGCUGUCGGAUGGUUCAUUCCUGAUACCUGGGUUUACAAAGACUCGCGGGAGCGCAUGAGGGACGCUUCCUCGGUUCUAAGGCAGAACCCUCCUCAGCUACCCAGUCUCCUUACCUUGGCCUACUUUGUUGGAGUCGCAGCUGGCGUUGAUGAUCCGCCGCCCCCGAGAGUUGACCCGAAUUCUAACAAACCAGGCUUUGCUAAAUUCAUCCCAGCUGAGCCAGAGGACUGGAAGAACGCGGUCAACCAAACUGUGAUGGAUCCGUCCAUGUAUUACGCGGAGAAAACGGGCAAUAGCAGCAGCCAAGAGCUCAUCAGGCAUACCAUGCACGUUGUAGAUUGUCUGCUCGGCAAGAGCCAGGAGCAGGAACUGCCUACAACUGUGCUCGGCUUGUCUGAAUCGUCUCAUGUCAGGGAGUUUCAGCUGCUCAUAGCAAUGCACAUGGGCAGCACCUUUGCUGACUGGAAGGAGGCAAGAGGGAGCAAAGUCGGCUAUAUGCACGAGGACUAUCAAAAGGACAUAGCCGGACUGGUGGAGCGGUUAUACGACAUCCCUCGCGACUCGGCGUCGCGGUCCAUCUCCCAGAUUCAGCGUACGAGGCUAAGACCAGGAGCUGUAUCGGACUACUACCGAUAUCAUGUAUCAUAA